AUGCAACCAACAGUCAGUCAGGCCCCUAGCUCAAUUCCCAGUGUGCCACCAACACCUGCACCAAGCACUAGUAGCAACCCAAGCUCAUUCCCAACAUAUAUUGAUGUAGAUGGCAAUUCUGUGAUUGGUGCAUUCGAUAUUAUUGACGACGGCAUGGAUAACGCAACUGGAAGUAAUUUGGAUGAUCUUGAUAGCGACCGUGAAGAUGCCGGCAGUGGAAAUGGGAUCAUUCUUGAAGCUGCGUCCAACGAAACGGAUGUAUUCGCAGGCGACGACGACGAUAUUUCCAAUUCAACUCGUGGUCAAAAUGCGACAAACAUUACGGAUGAUGCGGUCUUCAUUCAUUUGCCACCAGUUAGCGGAAAGACACCAGAAGUUCCCACCGGUGAACAAACUGAGGCGACGCGCACAGCCCUGGCCGUCUCUAUGCCCUUGAUUGCCGCGCUCUUGAUUGGUCUAUUGCUCUACAAGAAACAGAGAAGAACGCUAACAGCAAGCGAAUACAAUGAAAUGAUGGCGUCGGAUUUCGUGAUGGUGGGGACAGGGGAUCCUCCGGGCAGCUUUCACGAAGGACUUUAUCAUUACACCAAGGAUGGACGGCGUUACCUAUCAACAAGAUGCGAAAACUGUCUCGAAACGAGACGAAAUACCUUCUAUACUGAUCGACGAGGACUGCCAACAAUCAUGGAGCACGAAGUUUACAACAAUGAGAGCAACAACAGCUUCGUUGGCGUCAUAUCGCCCGACUCAAAGGAUCUUGGACAAAGGCAUUUGGGAAUUGAUGUCCAUCGCUGUACAAGUUCCACAUGCACAAGGUGCAACAACGGGGACCAUCAAACGGUGAAUUUUAUACCGAGUACCGCGAAAACUAGAGCCUCCGCGCUUCGAAAUCAAGAGUUCUGCUUAACCCAAGAGGAGGCGGCAGCAUAUCGAAGUUACGGGUCCGACGACAGCAGUGGCGAAGACAGCAGCGAUGACAACAGAGUAUGA